AUGGCCGACUGCUGGCAACCACAAGCCUCCGUAGCAGGCCCCUACUGGAUUUCCCCAGAAAACCAGCCAUGUUUCCGAACAUCGACGUUUCGUGACUUGAUGUAUGCUUUCCCCAGACCAAAGCACACUAGUCGGGUGAUGAAGCCUCGGAGUGCUGGGAACAGUCCUUCUUCUGCUGCCAAGCGAAGGGCCACCACGUCGCACACUUCACCAAUGUACCGGCACCUGCCGCAGCAGUCUUAUCAGGCUCAGAUCCAAGCUGCUCUCGCGGCUUCCGCCAUGCGCAGAACACGCCAACCGCGACCAAUGAGUUGGCACCCGGCAUCACUGCAAUCAACAGGAUAUUCCACCUCGCAGUACUUACCGGCCACCACUAUGUCUGGAAACCUUGCUGGCACAGGCUUAUGCUCUUCGUCAUCCAACACGCUUCCGGUUACCUACGGUGGCGAGGACAUUCUAUCUGCGUAUCCCACCUCAGAUGCUGCGAUGUUUUCAUCUUUGUCCGGCAUAGAAGAUCCGACAAUUAUGCAGCAACAGUACCUCCUGCAAAUGAACGGCUCGCAGGCCGAGCCAGUCACUUGGGACGCCAGUGCGUCUAGCUUAUCCGCGAUGGCUCCGCCCAUGUCUGAAGGCUGGUCCUUCGAUAUGAUGUCCAUGAACAGCAGUAUUCCCGGGGCGGACGUUGCGGGGUCGAAUUACGAGAGCGCGCCGUCUUCUGGACCUCCAACGCCAUUUCUUCCAAUUCAGCAAUUUGAUGAGCCGGAGGCGGUUGAGGAGGAGCCGGAGGACGAGCUUGUCGGGAUGGGCCUGUACAGUCAUCCUGAUCCAUCGCUGAAUGCGUCCUUGACUGGAUUAAACGGCAAGGGGUUGAAGCUGGAGGAGACUUUUACGCCGUCACCGGACGACGAGACUGAAAAUCAGGACGCUGACGGAGAGGAUGAUGAUUCGCAAGUGACCACAGAGAAGCAAGCCAGCAACAGUGCCGAUCUUCGUCAACCGCAACUGGGGCCUCAGACACAUGCGCAACCUGUGAAAUCAGCACAGAAUAUGCUUAACAAGUCAUUCUUUUUCGAGGACGAUGGCAGUGUAGACCAAGGUGGCGGGGUAGUCCCUCAGCAAUUCUUCGGUCUGGAAAAUCAGCCGUGCAUGAACUAUGCAUAUGGGUGGAUAUGA